ACUCACCGGGACAUAACCGAGGUAACCUACCAUCUCUCUGGUGAUCUUGUACCUGACAUAUAUAAGAAAGAUGGCUUCCCCUGGAAUAGCUCACUUACAUCUCGCCUCCCAUUCCGCUGAUCGCUACCCCUUCCUGCCAAGUCACCACGACAACAUCACAAUUGUUAUCACCAUCCCACAACAACAUGGAUGAGGCACUACCCGCCCCCCAACCUACCCACUCAUCCCCGACAAUACCUCCAGAGCAUAACCUCCACUAUGCCACCACCACCACAACCACUCCGUCGGGCAGCCACCCGGCCGCCCACGCACCACCCCACCACCGCGCCUCCACCUCCAGCUCGCACCGGGCCCGAAGGUCCAGCUCCACAAAGGCGGCGCGCGACCCGAACCUAGACAUCAACCUGCCGUACCGCACCCUGACGUCCGGCGCCAACCUGGACGAGUACCGCGUCCAGACCGCGGCGGGCGAGAUCCCGGGCCCGGCCCCGGCCCCGGGGGGCCGCCAGUACAAGCUCGUGACGUUCCUCCCCGACGACCCGGAGAACCCCAAGAACUGGAGCAAGGCGUACAAGUGGUACUGCACCAUGGUCGUCGCGCUGACGUGCUUCGUCGUCGCGUUCGCGAGCAGCGUCAUCACGGCUGAUGUCGGGGGCGUCGUGGAGGAGUUCGGGGUUAGCUACGAGGUCGCGUUGGUCAGCAUCUCGGUCUUCGUCGUUGGGUUUGGAGUUGGGCCCAUGGUUUUUGCGCCGUUAUCUGAGGUGUUUGGCAGAAGGGUCAUAUAUGGUUCCACGCUCUUUAUGGCAGUAAUAUUCAUCAUCCCCUGCGCCGUGGCGAAGAACAUCGAGACCUUGUUGAUCUGCCGAGCCAUCGAUGGCAUUGCCUUCUCGGCACCCAUGACGCUCGUCGGAGGCACACUGGCGGAUCUCUGGCGAAACGAGGAACGCGGUGUCCCCAUGGCCGCGUUUUCCGCAGCCCCCUUUAUCGGCCCCGCAAUCGGUCCAUUGGUCGGUGGGUUCCUAGCUGACGCAAAAGGCUGGCGCUGGCUGUACUGGAUCCAGCUCAUCCUCGCCGCCGCCGUCUGGAUCCUCAUCACCUUCACAGUUCCCGAGACAUACACCCCGACGAUCCUAGCCAGGCGAGCCAAGAAGCUGCGCAAGGAGACCGGCGAGUCGGACCACGUCACUGAGCAGGACCUCGACAUGCGUCCCCUGACCGAGCGGCUGGGCAUUUUCCUCAUCCGGCCCUUCCAGCUCCUCUUCCGCGAGCUCAUCGUCUUCCUCAUCAGCAUUUACAUGUCGGUCCUCUACGGGCUCUUGUACAUGUUCUUCGUCGCCUUCCCGAUCAUCUACCAGAAGGGCAAGGGAUAUUCGGCGGGUAAAACGGGCCUCAUGUUCAUACCCGUCGCAGUCGGCGUCCUUCUCUCAGCAGUGUGCUCCCCGAUCGUCAACAAGCACUACCUGACCCUCGUUCGCAAGCACAACGGCCACCCGCCGGCCGAGGCGCGCCUCGUGCCCAUGAUGCUCAGCUGCUGGCUGAUCCCGAUCGGGCUCUUCAUCUUCGCCUGGUCGUCGUACCCGCAGCUGUCGUGGGCGGGGCCCGCCAUGGGCGGCUUCCCCGUCGGCUUCGGCUUCAUCUUCCUGUACAACUCGGCCAACAACUACAUGGUGGACUCGUACCAGCACCAGGCGGCGUCGGCGCUCGCGGCCAAAACCUUCAUCCGAUCCUUCUGGGGCGCCGCCGUCGUCCUGUUCACCGAGCAGAUGUACGACCGCCUGGGCGACCAGUGGGCCUCGAGCCUGCUGGCUUUCAUCAGCCUUGCCUGCUGCGCCAUCCCGUUUCUGUUCUGGCGGUACGGUGCCAAGAUCCGGGAGAGGAGCAAGUAUGCGUACUCGGGCGACGAUGAAGGGACUGGUUCGGCGGCGUCGUCGUCCGAGGAUGAUGUCGAGAAGGGGAAGGGGGCGCCGGCGGAUCCGGAGCAGCUUGUUCACGAUGAGGAGGAUUUGAGGAGGGCGAGGAGCUAUGUUAGCAAUCCUUGAACAACUGGAUAGGAGAAGAAAAAAGGAAAGGGAAAGUCAGACACCAAUCAUUCUCAAGGGUCUGGUGUGGGUGAGAGUGGAGAGAGAGUUAAUGCAUAUUGCCACGAUUUUUAUCAUCAUACCCAAUAGAGAUUUAAUAGAACAGUACAAGAUGUUAAAGAAAGAGAUGAUUAAUAGAGAGGGCAUCCCAGGUUAUCCUGCCAUUCCAUGUUUG